GUGUGGCCUGGCCUCUCCUGCCUCCCUCUUCCCCUGCCCAGCCUGGCAUCGGCACAGUCCACACACUGCUCUCCUUGCAGCCAACACAGGCCUCCCGACCACAGGGAAAACCAUGGAGACUUCAGGACCUUCUUCCCAGACUCAAGAUCACAGUCGAGUCCCUGGAGAAACAGAAGAUGUGGACUAUGGAGAGACGGAUCUCCACAAGCAAGACAGGGAAGCUGGAUUCUUUCCUCAAGAACAACCCAAGAGAGACAAGUGUUUUUCCUCCUCCUCCUCUUCUUCAUCUUCCUCCUCCUCUUCCUCUUCGUCAUCCUCUUCUUCAGGGAGCAGUGAUGAGGACCAGCACCCCAGAGUAACCGGAAAACGUCGGCAGAGCCAGGGGGCUGGACACCCCCCCAGGGACAGCUCACCUGGUGCUGUGCAUGAGGAGCCUGACCUUUUGAAGGACGAGCUUCAGCUCUAUGGAGGUGUCUCCGGAGAGGUGGUGCCCUCUGGAGAAUCAGGACUCCGAAGGAGAGGCUCUGACCCAGCAAGUGGAGAAGUGGAAGCCUCUCAGUUAAGAAGACUGAAUAUAAAGAAAGAUGAUGAGUUUUUCCAUUUUGUCCUGCUCUGCUUUGCCAUUGGGACCUUGCUGGUGUGUUAUCACUAUUAUGCAGACUGGUUCAUGUCCCUUGGGGUUGGCCUACUCACCUUCGCCUCCCUGGAGACCGUUGGCAUCUACUUUGGGCUGGUGUACCGGAUCCACAGCGUCCUACACGGCUUCAUCCCCCUCCUUCAGAAGCUUAGGCUGAUGGGGUUCAGGAAGACCGACUGAGGCCGAGGCAGGGCCGACAGCCAGGCUGAGCCCCACCAUGAUGGCCACUGCGUCUCCCGAGUGCACAAGGACAGAGCCACGUUCUGGGAGACACGUGGGCGGGCUAGGCUAGAGCAAUAAAGAGAGCUCUUUUCCUUCCAUGUAGUCUGAACGUUGGCACCGGCCCAGGCCUAAGUAUCAUUCGGGCAGCACUGGCAUGCAGUCCAGCUGCCAGGAUGACAUGCAGAGGGAAGGUGCCAGGCCUAUGUCCUCCAAGUUACCUGGAUCAAGCAGGAGGAUUCUAGGAUGUCACUGCUCUCAGGAGACAGUAGGAGACCCCUGGGCCCUACAAGCUGUAAUCUGUGUGGGCUUCAGAUUUCUCUAGAGUCCCUAGGGCAUCCGGGUGGGCUCUUCAUCUUUUGAAUCAACAAGGAAAGACAGACAGCCCACUGACAUAAGGCAGGGAACCAUCAUGCCAGGCCCCCAGGUGAACCUGAUACAGGUGAGAUGUUAGGGACUAAAGCCACAGCACCUUGUCUCAGCCCCAUCACCUAGCACUAGCCCCGCUGCCUUGGAUUCCAUCAAGAUUCAAAUAAACAUUUUCUUCCCUGGAC